AUGGCUGCAACUCUUCAGAGAAGUAAAUCCACCACUCGCUUGAAGAAGCCGGCCAUCCUCUGUGACAUAAACACAAUGACUCCCAAGCAGACCGCGCGCUACUUGGCGUUUGCCGAUCCCAGCGAACCGAGGGUGAAGGCCCUGCUGGCGACGGUUCUCAUGAAGGAAAGAAAGGCUGUUGACCAACAGGAAAAGCAGGUGGAGCAGAAAAACCUCAUUGGCAUCCUCAAGGCUGCCGAGGCCCGGAACCGCCUGCGGAACACGAGGCUUCAAUAUCAGAACCUAAGGGCACAGGAGAUCAACUUCCUCAUCUCCUUCCAGAGGAACGCGAAAGGAGCUGUGAGACUGGAGAUCUUCCUCCCACCGAAGAGGAACCUUGCCAAAUUAUCUGACUGCAUGAACACAGUUCAGAGAGGCCGGAUUGAAGAGAUACUGGAAGAUGACAGUGGUGAGAUCUUUAUCAGAAGGCCCUAA